AUGCUAUUCAGGACGCUUCCUACAUUAAUCCCAAGGGUUAGUUACAGAUAUGCUAGCACUCAAGCUUAUAUAGACUUAAUGUCUCGUUUAAAAACAGAUUUAAAGGAAUCGAUGAUCAAAAAAGAUGACGUUAAGAAAACUACAAUAAAAGGCCUUCUAUCCGCCAUAAAAAAUAUGGAAAUUGAUAAUAAAGACAAGGAUUAUAACGAAUUCAUGUUACAGGAUAUAUUUUUCAAACAGUUGGCGCAAAGAAAAGGUUCUAUAGUUGAAUUUAAGAAAAACUACCGAGAUGACCUCGUUGCCAAAGAACUUGCAGAAAUAGACAUAAUUGCCCAAUAUCUUGCAUCCUUGCCAGUAUCUACAAAGGAUGAGUUAGAAGCUAACGUGCUUGAAUUUUUGGGUAAAUUAAAGUACUCUCAGGACUCAAUUAAAAUGCCGGAAGUCAUGCGCAAGCUUGAUUGGAAGACAAUUCCGAAUGAGUGGAAAGCAUCUCCUAAGCAGAUAAAAGUUGCUAUAGCAGAAAACUUUAAGAAAGUAUUUGAGUAG